AUUCCUCAAACCCUCCUCCCCAAUAAACCCAAACAGCGGCAGCAAACAAUCAGCAGAAAGCAAAAGAUGGCCAAGGAGGCGGAGCUUCUGGAAACCCUAGGCGACUUCACAAGCAAAGAGAACUGGGACAAGUUCUUCACCAUCCGAGGCACCGAAGACGCCUUCGAGUGGUACGCCGAGUGGUCCGAGCUCCAAAACCCUUUGCUCUCCCACCUCCCGCCAAAACCCCAAAUCCUCGUCCCCGGCUGCGGCAGCUCCCGCCUCUCCGAGCACCUCUACGACGCCGGCUUCACCUCCAUCACCAACAUCGACUUCUCCAAGGUCGCCAUUUCCGAUUGCCUCCGCCGCAAUGUCCGGAAGAGGCCCGAUAUGCGGUGGCGCGUCAUGGACAUGACUUCAAUGCAGCUUCAGGAUGAGGCAUUUGAUGCUGUGGUUGACAAAGGAGGAUUGGAUGCGUUGAUGGAGCCGGAGCUUGGCCCGAAGCUAGGGGAUCAAUAUUUAGCAGAGGUUAGAAGAGUUUUGAAGUCUGGAGGGAAAUUUAUUUGCCUUACAUUGGCGGAGUCGCAUGUUCUAGCUCUACUUUUCCCGAAGUUCCGGUUUGGGUGGAAAAUUAGUGUCCACGCCAUACCUCACAAACCGUCUAGUAAGCCAAGUCUUCAAGCGUUUAUGGUGGUUGCUGUAAAAGAGGUGUCCGCCAAGUUGCAGAACAUCACAUCCUCGUUUAGUAAAUCUUCCUUUGCUUGUAGAGGAAGUCAGGGUCGUGGACUUCUGGAAGCUGUUGAAAAUGAAAAUGAAAUUCGUAGAGAAUACUCCUCUGCUUCAGAUAUACAGUACACUCUUGAAGACUUAAAACUUGGAGCCAGAGGAGAUUUAACUAAGCUUCGCCCGGGUCGUCGUUUUCAGCUUAAUUUGUGUGGGGGCUCUAACUUCAGUUGCAGAGCUGUAGUUCUUGAUGCUAAGGAAAUUUCUGCCAACUUUGUAUAUCACUGUGGGGUUUUUAUUGUUCCUAAGACGCGGGCUCAAGAAUGGCUGUUCUCCUCUGAAGAAGGACAAUGGAUGGUGGUAGAAAGCUCAAAGGCAGCUCGUCUAGUUAUGGUUUUAUUAGAUGCCAGCCAUGUUAAUUCCAGCAUGGAUGAUAUUCAGAAGGAUUUAUCUCCUUUGGUUAAACAAUUGGCGCCUGGAAAAGAUGACAAUGGAGCUCAAAUACCAUUCAUGAUGGCUAGUGAUGGGAUUAAACAACGAGAUAUAGUGCACCAGGUCACAUCCUCAAUAACUGGACCAAUAAUAGUUGAGGACGUGAUUUAUGAAACUGAUAAUGUUGAUAUCAGUCGCAUUCUACCAUCCAGAGAUUUGACAUUUCGUCGCCUUGUCUUCCAAAGAAGUGAGGGUCUAGUGCAGUCUGAAGCUCUUCUAUCAGAGGAAGGAUCUAAAUAUAAAAUUGGUCGUGAGAGUGAGAAGAAAAAAACACAUUCAUCUUCCAAAUCUAAAAGAAGAGGAAACCAGAGACGAAGUGAUGAGACGAGCCACCAGCUGAAGGUGUAUCAUGGAUAUUUGGCUAGUUCUUAUCAUACAGGGAUUAUUUCUGGAUUAAUGUUGAUUUCAUCUUAUUUGGAAAGCAUGGCCUCAACCCAAAAAUCAGUCAAAACUGUUGUGGUAGGUCUUGGAGCAGGUUUACUUCCUAUGUUCCUUCAUAAAUGUAUGCCUUUUAUGCACAUUGAGGCGGUGGAGUUGGAUCCCAUAGUCAUCAAACUUGCAAAAGAAUACUUUGGUUUCAUCGAAGAUGAUCACUUGCAGGUGCACAUUGCUGAUGGGAUUCAAUAUGUUAGAAAAGCUGUAAAUUUUGAUGCGGAUGAUGAAAAGUCUGCUUUUGGAGGAAAUGAGAACCGUCACUGCAAUUCUGAGCCCACAUCUUCUAAUGGAAGCCAAUUGGUGUCUCAUGUAGAAGGCCAGGGAAAUUCAAAGUUAGACAUAGUCAUUAUCGAUGUAGAUUCUGCCGACUCAAGUUCUGGAAUGACCUGCCCUGCAGCUGAUUUCGUGGACGAAUCGUUUCUUCAGAGUGUGAAGGAUGCCCUUACUGAGAAGGGUAUAUUUAUCAUAAAUUUGGUUUCACGGUCCCAAGACAUUAAAGACACUGUUAUUUCAAGGAUGAAAUUGGUGUUUAGCCAUCUCUUCUGCCUUCAGCUUGAAGAAGACGUGAACGAAGUUAUUUUUGCCCUUCCUUCAGCUUCCUGUAUCAAGGAGGAUGGCUUCGCCAAAGCCACUCUUCAACUUGAGAAAUUGUUAAAAUUGGAGCACCCGGAGAUAAGCCAAAGCAUUAUAAAUUCUUCAAAGAAGAUAAGACAUUUGAAGUGACUCCAUUUCUCUAAGACCCUCUUAUUCAUGGGAGUGACACCAAGUAUAUAUCUCUCAGAGGCUCAAAGCAGAUUUUCUCAGACAGGUAGUUAUGUCUAGACUAGUUCAUUGACACCCACAACACAAGCACACUUCUGACUGAAGAGGCAUAUUUUACAAGUAGUAAAAUGUAGAAUUACUUAUGAGUGAUAAUAUAUAAGUUAAACUAUCCACUUUUAUUAAAAAAAAUUGUGCUGUGAGAAGUGGGUAAAGUAUUUUCAGAUUUC